GGGCGAGCCCCAGGGCCAGGUUCCUCCCCCGACCCCGGCCACUUCGGGGCGGCCCCCGCAGCUCCCGGCCUUGGGGCUGAGGUAUUGGGUGUGCGUCUCGCGGUCCGUCAAUACAGAUUACAUAUUUAUAUCAAUCGCGGGCUCGGAGGGCGCCCUCGGAGAGCGGCCCCAAGCCUACGAAAUCAAACUGGGAGUGGUCGCGCGGCCACGCUGGCUCAGGAUUGGCUGCGGGCGCCCGCCGCGGUGCGGGGGGAUUGCUAAUCGUAUUCAGCAUGUUUUGCACAAGAAAUGUCAGCCAGAAAGGGCUAUCUGCUCCCUUCGCCAAAUUAUCCCACAACAAUGUCAUGCUCGGAGAGCCCCGCCGCGAACUCUUUUUUGGUCGACUCGCUCAUCAGCUCCGGCAGAGUGGAGCCUGGCGGCGGCGGCGGCGGCACGGGGGGCGGCGGAUACUUCGCCCACGGCGGGGUCUACCUGCCGCCGGCCGCCGACCUGCCCUACGGGCUGCAGAGCUGCGGGCUCUUCCCGGCUCUGGGAGGCAAGCGCAAUGAGGCGGCGUCGCCGGGCGGCGGCGGCGGCGGCGGCGGCGGGGGCCUGGGUCCCGGCUCGCACGGCUACCCGCCCGCGCCUAUAGACCUGUGGCUGGAGGCGCCCCGGUCUUGCCGGAUGGAGCCGCCGGAGGGGCCGCCGCCACCGCCGCCGCCGCAGCCCCAGCAGCCGCCGCCGCCGCCACAACCCCAGCCCCCGCCGCAGGCCACUUCGUGCUCUUUCGCGCAGAACAUCAAAGAGGAGAGCUCCUACUGCCUCUACGACGCGGCGGACAAAUGCCCCAAAGGCUCGGCCGCCGCCGCCGAGCUGGCCCCCUUCCCGCGGGGCCCGCCGCCCGACGGCUGCGCCCUGGGCAGCUCCAGCGGGGUGCCGGUGCCCGGCUACUUCCGCCUCUCCCAGGCCUACGGCACGGCCAAGGGCUACGGCGGCGGCGGCGCGCAGCAUCUGGGCGCCGGCCCGUUCCCCUCGCAGCCCCCCGGGCGCGGCUUCGACCCGCCACCUGCGCUGGCCUCCGGCUCGGCGGACGCAGCCCGGAAGGAGCGAGCCCUCGAUUCGCCGCCGCCCCCCACGCUGACAUGCAGUGGCGGUGGCGGGGGCUCGCAAGGCGACGAGGAGGCGCACGCGUCGUCCUCGGCCGCCGAGGAGCUGUCCCCGGCCCCUUCCGAGAGCAGCAAAGCCUCGCCCGAGAAGGACUCCCUGGGCAAUACCAAAGGCGAAAACGCAGCCAACUGGCUCACGGCAAAGAGCGGCCGGAAGAAGCGCUGCCCCUACACGAAGCACCAGACGCUGGAGCUGGAGAAGGAGUUUCUGUUCAACAUGUACCUUACUCGAGAGCGGCGCCUCGAGAUCAGCCGCAGCGUCCACCUCACGGACAGACAAGUUAAAAUCUGGUUUCAGAACCGCAGGAUGAAACUGAAGAAAAUGAACCGAGAAAACCGGAUCCGGGAGCUGACAGCCAACUUUAAUUUUUCCUGAUGAAGCUCCAGGCAAUGCGUUUUGUUUUUGUUUGUUUCUCCCCCUGCUUCCAGAGAGCCAUUCUCCUCCCUCUGUCUUCAGCCUCUUCCCAGGAACUCGCACCUGUGCGGGCGCCCGUUCCUCCCUCCCACACUCGCCAUUUCGCUGGCCAUUACAUCAGUGCAGGGCUGGUUUGUUCUGACGUUUUGUUUCUUUGUCUGUUUGCUAGGUGCUGGUUUUUUGUUGUUGUGUUCUGGGGGAAAAGCCAUAUCGCUCUAAAAUCCUAUGUAGAUAAAGAUUGUCCUAAGUGUCAAGUGCGAACUGGGAUGGUUUGUCGUCUGGAUGACUCCACUGCUCAAAAUGGCCCCUGUGCUCCCGGUGGAGCUGGUUUCCUGCGGGGGGCCGGGCAAACCCAGCCGGAAGGCCAGGUCCCAUUGUAGGCGCUGAGGUGUCUGGCCUGAGGUCAAUGGUGCAAGGAGCCACCAGCGGGCCCCCAGGCCUGAAGUGUUGGGCUGUGUUUAAUCAGGGGAUACAGGCCCUGGGAUUCUUUUCUCUUUCUUCCUUUCUUCCUUGGCAAAGAGAAGGGCUUAUGGGCAUGGGCAUACAGGUUGACAAAAGGGCUUGACUUUGGCUGAUUGGAACAUGGAGGGAGUCAGGAAGAUGAAAUUUUCCUUCCUCUGUAAGAUAUCCCAGCUUUAAAAGAAAGAAAGAAAAAGAAGGGGGGAAAAAAAAAAAAGACCAGGAUAAGGAAACUCCUCUUCCAGUUUG